AUGCCGAUACUAUUUAGUGCUGUGGUUUUCGAAAGGACAAUUCUUAACAAGUACGCAUCUUGUGAUGGAAAUUUCGAAGAGAUACUGGAGUUAGUGCUAGCGAAAAUUCCAGAUAAAAAUGCUAAAAUGACUUAUUUACACGGCCGUUAUUUAUUUCAUUAUAUUAUAGAAAAUAAACAAUUUUAUUUUUGUGUUACUGAUAAGCUUUGUCAAAGAUCACGAGCAUUUCUAUUCCUCAAUGAAAUUAAACGAAGAUUUUCAACAGUUAAGACCGACUUCACAUCUGCUUUAGCGGAACAGAUGUACCGUUACAAUGAAGAUUACAGCACUAUAACGAUAAGAAAAGGAGAAAUAGAUGAGUUGAACACGAUCGGAGUAGAUAGUAGUGAAAGCAUACUUGGCGAAAAAAUACUGAUCGUGAGCAAUGAUGAGAAUUUAAAAUAUUCGACUGUUUCCUUCGUCGAGAAAACACCGAAACAAGUCGUUGUUUCCUUCAAACCUUCUACCGAAAGGAAUCUCAAUAUUUUGGUGAUAUCUCUUGCAAUCGUAGCUAUUUGUUUAAUGUUUUUAUAUAAUCCUUUGUCAUUAGCUAUAAUAGUUGUUGUUUUAAUAUACUUAAUUAAUAGAAGAACUAAG